AUGCUGAAGCCAGAGAUCAACGCAGGCGGAGACAACGUGGAGGCUCUGCCCCAGCACGUAUUCUUGGUGAUGUCCUACUCCAUUUCAUCCGAUCUCUCCUGCCGACAGUCACCAAAGGUUCAUGAAGCAGAAGAGGCCAUUGGCAACGGACAGCUCGAUCCGAGUGCGGUGUUUUGGGAAACGCGUCAGCAGAAGAUCAAGCGGCAACUGCUUUGGCAUCCUGCAGACAUCAUUUGCGUGCAGGGAGUCCAAAGCAUUGGAUACAACGAGAGGUGCAGUGAGACCCACGGAGAGUGGUUCAGCAACGAUGAAGAACCAGUGAUGAAUCAUCUCGUACACUUGUACAGAGAGCUGGCGAUGAAGAACUACGGUGUGGCUUUCUCUCCCGCGAUGAAGCUUCCUGGGAGCUCAUCAGUUUGCUUGGGCAAUGCCGUAUUUUGGAAGCGAUCCCGAUGGCAGUUGAAGAACUUCUGGGCCGUGCCGAACUGUGCUGUUUGCACAGAGCUCACAUCCCGGAUGCAAUGUCCUGACCUGGUGGUGUGCUGCAGCAAAUCGCCUGGUGUCUAUGCUGUUGAGUGGGGUGAGCAGCUUGACAAGGAGGUGCUUUUGAACGAGCUGGCCCCAUUACAGUGCCAACUUUUGCAGCAAGCAGCAGAGCAGGAUGCAAGGCCUGUUUGGUGCGGAGAUUUCGGUCUGCCGGCGAAAGAUUUGUUGGAAGGGUUGGCCCAGGAUUGGGAGGUGCAGCUCCAGCAAUCUGGCGGAGUGACACUAAACCCUAAACCCUAA